AUGAGCUCACUUCAUUCAGAAAAGUGGUUGCAGAACAGGCAAUUUGGCAUUGUCAUCGAUGCUGGCUCAUCUGGUUCCAGGAUUUACAUUUACUCAUGGAUCAACCAUCAACAUCUAAAAGAAACAUUACCUGCUCAUGAGUUCUAUGGUGUCUUACCUACGAUCGAACCAGGGGUUGAAUCCGGAUCUCCAUACGCUGCAGAAUGGUCCAAAAAAACCGAACCAGGCAUUGCGGAAUUCAAGGAUCGGCCAGAAGAUGUGGGGGAACACCUCGAGACACUCUUGGAUCAUGCACUUGAAGUGAUUCCAGAAUCCGAGAUUGCGAAUACACCCAUUUAUCUUCUUGCUACAGCUGGAUUGCGACUUGUACAGGAUGAUGUUCGGCAACAGAUCCUUAAUAACUCUUGUAGUUACAUCAAGGAAAACUAUGGCUUUCAUAUCGGUGAAUGCAAGGAUCAUAUCAAGAAUAUCUCUGGCGAGGAAGAGGGCAUCUAUGGAUGGGUUGCAAUCAAUUAUUUGAUGGGCGGAUUUGACAACGGCGAUCUGCAUGGAUCAAAUAAUGGAUCGGGCACGGACCAAAACAACUCGACCCCUUAUCGACAUACACUUGGCUUCUUAGACAUGGGGGGUGCCAGUACACAGAUCGCAUUCGAACCAUCAUCACAGGCAUCAAAGGAGCAUGCCAAUGAUCUAACUACGGUUAAACUGAGGACAUUGGAUAGUCAGACCCUUGAAUAUCACGUUUUCGUUACAACUUUCCUGGGAUAUGGAUCUAAUCAAGCUAGGCGGCGUUAUGUCAAAGACUAUCUGCUUUCCACUAACAAGGAUUGGCUCGAAACACAGAAGCCUGGAGUUCAAAUCACAAUUGAAGACCCUUGUUUACCCAAGAACUUGCAGUUGAGCGAGACACAUACCAUGCCGCACGUACCCUUGAUGGGAUCAGGGUCGUUCACAGAGUGCCUGAAACGUGUAGAAGUCCUGCUUAAUAAGGACAAGGAGUGUAGCGAUAUACCCUGUUUAUUCAAUGGAGUGCAUACCCCGCCUAUUGACUUUAAUAUCAACACUUUUAUUGGUGUAUCCGAAUAUUGGUAUUCAUCCCAUGAUAUCCUUGGGCUCGGCGGCGCCUAUGACUAUGCAGAGUUUGAGCGUAAAUCAGCUGAAUUUUGCAAUUCAGAAUGGGAUGAUAUCAAAGCAAGGCCCGAAUACCAGAGCCAGUCCCAGGAACGACUCGAGAUGCAGUGCUUCAAGUCAGCCUGGCUCUCGAAUGUGCUGCACGGGGGAUUUGGGUUGCCUAGGUUUGGUGAGAAGGGCGCGAUCGGCUCCGAAGAGCAGUCAAACGAAGUCCUCGAGAAGGCAGAAGAAUCGAUUAAGAACAAGAACUGGAGACCACCAUUUCAGAGUAUCAAUGCCAUCAGGGAUAUCCAGGUCACUUGGACUCUAGGAGCAAUGGUUUUG